AUGUCACUUUUGCCAUCCUUGGCAUCGCUUUUGGCUGCAGUUGCCACUGCGACCCCAGUGCCCGACCUCGAGGUCGACAUGGGUGGGGUUAAUGCGGAUGUCAAGCGAAAUGCUAUACCCGACCUCGAGGUCGACAUGGGUGGGGUUAAUGCGGAUGUCAAGCGAGAUGUUAUACCCGACCUUGACCUUGACCUCAAACAGGUGCCUGUAGCCAACCUCGUUGCUGCCCUGGUCGAUAAACUCCCUAUCGACGCCAAAGUCUCUGCUCUCCCCGACGGCCUUUGA